UUUGAGCUUCCGGUGACGAAUCAAUCGUCAUGCUAGGGAAUGUGGGGGUGUUGUUUGCCGUUUAACGUCAAUCCUUGCCUCUGUUAUCACACGGGUGGACCUCAAGAAUAAAACCUACUAAUUGGAGAUUUAUUAGGGAAUAUGGACCUCUGUAUUUCGGGUAUGCAACUUGAAGGAAGCGCUAAAGAUGAGCUUUAAUUGUGCGUGGAUACUUUUCUUUUGUAUACAGUCUGUGCUAUGUUCAUUUGAUCCACGUUCUCUACAUAAAGCUGGAUGUUUUAGAAUGGGUCACACAAGAACAGUUCAAAUUCCGGGUUGCCUGCAAUUUAACGUUACAACAAAUGCCUGUAGAGGCUUUUGCGAGUCCUAUGCUAUUCCAUCAUCUCAAAGAACCCUAAUAGCCAAUGAACGCCAUUUUUUGACAUCUCGAGCAGAGUGCUGCGGAAUAGAAGAAACACAUGACAUAACGGUGUCCGUAAGAUGCGCAGACGGGUUGCGUGAAGUGACUUUCAAGUCUGCCAAAUCGUGUGCCUGCUCCGCCUGUCGUUACGUUUAAAGAACCAAUUCCGUCAAGAAUACGAACAACGAGCAAGAAAUGUGUCUUGUGAUACGUCCAGCUAUAUGUUUGGGUGUUUACAACGUGAUUUACAAAUACUUCUGUAAACCCAAGUUCUGUUUCAAUAAUUUGUAAAAGUUUUUUCUGUACAUAUUUUGCUGAUAACUGUCUCUAUAGAGAACAUGCAUCAUUUGGCCUGCAUGGUAUUCUGUUUGUGUUUCCAUCCAUUUUAUUUUUUUUUUCAAGGGUAAUUAACCGCAAUAAAUUAGAGCACUGUAUAGUCAGACCUUGCAUUGUAUCUUUCUUUAAAACUGUUACAAGAAGCAAUACUAAUCAAGUUAUGAGACGCCUUGCACCAUAAAAAACGAAAUGUUCAUCAAAAUAAUUACAUAUGUUUUAAAUAAAAUCUACUAUAAAACAG